GCAGGUUCCUUAAUCCCUGUCCUUUUAAAAACACAGCACCUCAUUACAUCGAAAAAAGGCACUUUUAAGAGCCACAUUUGUCUUGUUUAUUGUCUUAUUUGUAUUGUUUAUUGUCUUGUUAUUUCUCUCUCUCUAUCUCUCUCUCUCACUCUCUCUCCCUCUCUCUCUCCCCUACCAUCUGAGUGGUGGUUGCUUUUUAGAGGGACGGAGGACCUGGGUAGCUGCCUCUUCUUCACUCACUGUAAUCAACUGAAAGUGUAAAGAAUGACAAAGCCAAAAUUCAGGCCUUGCCCAAGCUGCCAGGUCCGUCAGCAGGCCAACCGCAAAACCUGCAGUGCUUGUUUUGCCACACUGCCAAGCAAGCGGUUAUUAAAAACUGCAAAAAUUAAUGAUGACUGGGGCCAGAGGGUCAUCAAAAACAAAAAUGCAUCUCGGGUGGUGGCCUUUGCCCAAAUAGCUGUCCAAAAACUUUCUGCCUUGGGCUAUAUGCCCAUAUUAUUUAUCAGCCAGAGGCACAAGGGCACAGGCAAGUUGAUGGCAGAUGUAGUCACGCAUCUGCCACCGACGCAAAACAACACGCGUUUCUUAACCAGCAUGAAGAGGGCAUAUGACUUCAUAAUCAAACUGGAUGAUGUGCCCCAGCCCCAGCAAGACCAGCCCCUCCACCUAGACCAGCCCCAGCAACACCAGCCCCUUCCCCUCCAGCCCCUGCCCCUAGACCAGCCCCAGCAAGACCAGCCCCUGCCCCUAGACGAGCUAAUCCCACAAGACCACCCUACCCCAACAGACCAGCAAAUUAUUACACUUGAACUAUUUACGAUCGACUCUCAGGCUCAGCAGCCUGUGGAGCCUCUACCACCCAGGAAAAGACAAACCUCACUAUCCACCCCGGGCCUACCAUCCACCCCAGACCAAGGCAGACGAGCCCCACCAUCCAUCCAACCUCAACUAAAGAAAAGACAAACCACAGGUACAGGAGCCACACAAGCCCCACCCUCUACCCUGGCCAAAAAGAAGAAAACAAAAAGUUACAAAUGCAGUCGACAGACAAUUUAUCCAUACGAUAAAAUAUUGGAAAGACGGAUGAAUGGGGGGAAGGCAGCAGAGGUCAAAGUGUGCUGGCUACCUUGCUCUUCCUGUGGCAGAGUCUGGGAGGACACCUGGGAGCCGGCCAGCAAAUUCGCCUGAUGACCAAUACUGUUGUACUAUUUGUUUUGUAUAUAUUUGUCAAUAAUUAAAUUCACUAUUUUUACAUUU